UUUAUACGUCGCUUUUCUCUCUCUUUCUCUCUUUCUUUUUCUUCCGCUAAUCGUGUCCAGUCGCGCGGCCGCAAAAUGUGAAGUUGGCGUGCGAACGAGUGAAGACGUCCGGUUCCCUGGAGUCACGGUCCUGCGAGGCAGCCGAGGCGACGGUUUCCAAAUCGGAGAGCUGCUCCGGAAGCGUCUUCAGCCGCAGAGGCUCCGCGGAGACGGCCGACCGGCGACAUACGAUGACGUAACAAGCGGGAAGGAAGCCGUCGCCGCCAGGUGACCCGUAGCACAGAGGAAGGAGGGCAUGCGGUUCCACGGCGUGCACGGGGCCAACGUGCUCAUCGACGAGGGCGGCAAGCGGGCCACCAGGCUGGCGUCCUUCUGCGACGCGAUCACGUUCAGCGCCAAGCCCGUGGCCGUUGGCUCGCGGCUGUCGCUGCAGCUCACCUCCAGCGAGUCCUGGACGGGCGCGCUGAGGCUGGGACUGACCGCGCACGACCCCGCCGCCGCCGCCGCCGUGGUCGGCUCGACCGUGACGGCGACCGUGACCUCGGGCUCGACGGCAAACAGCGGCGGCGCGAUGGCGCUGCCCCGCUUCAGCUGGCCCGAGCUGGCCUCCAAGCAGGGAUACUGGAUCCGACCACUGCCAGAGCGAUGGAUCGCUCAUUGUUUGAAGCUCACCUUCUACGUGAACGCACAGGGUCACUUUCAGCUAUUCGUAGACAGCGACUACAAGGGAGCGCUCUUCUCCGGACUGCCAACCAAGGAGCGGCUCUGGCUCGUCGUCGACCUCUACGGCAUAACGGUCUCGGCGAAGUUCGUCACGCCAUGCAGCUCGGCACCCGUGGAAGUGGUCGCCCGCGGUCCGGACGCCGUUCGCGCGUACAAGCAGGCGUGCGCCGAAGGCAGCGUGCCGCUCUACCGCACGCGGCUGUACAUCGUCGGCUGCCCCGGAGCCGGGAAGUCUAGCCUCAAGAGGGCGCUGCUCAAUGCCGGCGGUUCCGAGGGAGACGGCGGGGAGAGGUCGGUGGUGGACGCGGUGCACUGCUGCAGGACGUCCGAGAAAGGCGACGGGGCGCCCUGGAUGGCUCUGCCCACCGAGCUGCUGACGCGGACACCCGAGGACGUCGACCAGAACUGGGUGGAGCCGGACGUGGGCCACAUCAGCGACGCCGAGUACCACCAGGCGGUGGCCCUGAACGUGGUGCGCGAGAUGACGCUGCAGCAGCGCAAGCGACAGCACCAGGAGGACCGGCGCCGCCUGCUGGGCUCCACCCGGAGCUCGGUCAAGGGCCAGGGCGUGCUCCGGCACCGGCACAACCACGCGCGUCACGGCGGGGUCACCGAGGGAUCGGCCGGGGGACACGGCACGGCGCGCUCGACUUCGGUCAAGUCGACUCACACGAAGGACACACCCACGGCGACCAGCUGGGACGGCAUGCCCCAGGACCUGCCGGCCGAGGUGGUGGCGCUGGUCGAACGCCUGCUGAAAGAAGCCGAAAGCAAACAAGACUUGGACGCCCGGGAGACCGAGAAGGGACCCCGGCUGACCUCGUCGUCCUCGGGAGGCGGCAACGCCACCGCGGGCACGGUCACGGCGCAGGUCACCAGCAGUCAGGUGACCUUCAUGAUCUGGGACUUCGACGGCCUGCCCAGGCACUUCAUCACCCACCAGGCAUUCUACUCAUCUCACGGCAUCUACCUACUCCUCUUCGACCUCACCAGGGACCUGAACGAGCCAAUUCACGUCCCGGACCAGACUCGUGGAAUGGAGGACCCGGGUUCUCCGCUGUCCACCAUCGACUACGUGCACCAGUGGCUCACCUCGAUCCACGUGUCGGCGGCGAGGACGCACCAGGACGGAGACUACGGGGCCGCCAAGGACGUCGAGGACGUGGACACGUCACAACUCCUGCCCACCGUCAUCCUCGUGGGCACUCACCGGUCCAGGCUCCGAGGAAACGCCCAGGCCAGGAAUAACACGAUCUCGGAGAAGUUCACGCAGCUGCGAGACACGCUGCGCAGCAAGGCGUACGGUCGCCACGUGCUGCCCAUGUACUUCGCCGUCGACAGCUGCGCGGAAACGUCGCCGCUGUCUCCGCCACCGGCCACCGCGACGGAGUCCAGCGGAGGCGGCGGCGACUUCGGCGGCGGCGGCGGCGACGACCCCGAGGAGGCCCUGGAGGCCCUCCGCCGCAAGGUGGAGCACGUGGCGGCUCGCAUGGACUGCGUGGGCCACGAGGUGCCGCUGCGGUGGCUCGCCUUCGAGAGGGCGCUCGCGAGGUUGCUCGAGAACGGCGUGUACUUCGCGAGCCUGUACCAGCUGGAGGAGAUCGGCCGCCAGGAAGGAAUCGACAGCGAAGAGGGCUUCCACUCGGUCGUGCACUUCCUCCACCAGCAGGGGAAGCUCGUGUGCUUCGGCUGCCAGCACCGGGGCACCGGGGUCGGCGCACUCGACAGUCGCUGGGACGGCAUCGUCAUCCUCAGGCCGCAGUGGUUCCUCGACGCCCUCUACAAGCUGGUCGGCUCGGCACCGCAGAAGCAGACCUGCUGGGAGGACGUCCCCAAGGGCAAGAAAGAGCCGGCCAGCUACAGGAUAAGCUACAAGCAGCUCAGGUCGCUGUGGAGCAACUCGACCGACCAGCUGGAAACGCUGGUGGCCGUACUCAGUUCCCUGGAUUUCCUGGUGGCGCACUACGAACGAAUUCCAUCGGAAAUGUCCCUCGGCGAUGAAGAAGAAGCCUUCUGCGUCGUCCCUUGGUUGACGACCUCGCUACAGACGAGGUCGAUGGCCUUGGGAAACUCUCCAAGCAGCGACGCGCUCGUGUUCUUCAUCGACUUCGCAGGACUUCUACCAGUGGGAUUCUUCACGCGCCUGGUGGUGCGCCUGUUGCGCUGGUGCGACUGGCGGGAGGCGACCUUUGUCAACGGCUUCGCCACCAUACCCUUGGACCGCGACAACGACCUGUUGCUCAAGCUGCAUCAGACGGCGCCCAGCCAAAACCGAGGAAGGAUCCAGGUGGUCAUACAGAGGACGAGUACGAUGGAGAAUUGGAUGGGCGGCAUCCCUCAACCGAGCAUCUGCGAAAAGGUGGUUCACCUGAUCGAGGCCGAGAUCGAGGCCCUCCGGGAGCUGUGGUACACCCGGCUAUGCUUCAAGUGCUUCGUCACGUGUCCCUGCAAGUCGUUGCCGUGCGCACUGCACUCGUCCAAGGACUGCCAGGACCAGAACUGCCUGCACUUCUUGCCCCUCGACGAAUGCCUGCACAGAAAGGUGGUGUACUGCGACUACAGGCGAGUCCAAACAGAGUUCGUGAGGCGGCACUUCCCAUACGCAUCGUUCCACGGAAUGAGGGGAUACAGCGCAGGCAUGCAGCGAGCUUCGAGCGCCACCGCGGUGUGGGACCCGGACCAGCCCCCGCUGGGGUUCUCGGCCUUCGGCUGGGAGGAACGGUUCGGGCCCUGGGAGGAGCCUCCUUGGCUGCGGGACGCCGCCAAGCUGCUCGAGUCCGGAAACACGGGACGUGAUUGGCUCGCCCUCGCGAAGAGGCUCGGCUACACGGACAAGGAGCUGAGUCGCUUCGUGGAGGAGGCGAGCCCGGGCGUGGCGCUGCUCCGCGACUGGCGCGAGAGCAACGGGGCGACGCGGUACUGCAUCGACGUGCUCAUCUCGUGCUUGCAGCAGAUCAGCCGGCACGACGUGGCCAGGCUCAUACAGGAAGAGAUGGAACCCGAAUCACUGGCGCCGCCGGUGUUCAUCAGCUACCAGUGGGACGCCCAGGAGGUGGUGCUAAACAUCCGCCAGCACCUCGAGUUCUCGGGAUUCCCCUGCUGGAUGGACGUGGGACAAGUGGGCGGCGGAGACUCGCUAUACGGAAAGAUCUACGAGGGCAUCAGCCGGGCGAAGGUGGUGCUGUGCUGCCUGACCCCGCGGUACGCCUCGUCGUCGGCGUGCGCCCGCGAGCUGAGCCUGGCCGACGUGCUGCGAAAGCCCAUCGUGCCCGUCAUGGUGGAGCCGACGCCCUGGCCCCCGCCGGGCCCCCUGGCCGUGGUGCUCAGCGCGCUCGUCUACGUCGACCUGUGCGGCAUCGGCGGCCACGGCGGCAGCGGCCGGCGCGCCGACUGGGAGAUGCGCUUCCAGGAGAUCGUGGCGCGCGUGGCCCAGUUCCUGGCGCCGCCCGCCAGCGCGCCCCGGCCGCACUCGAACAAGCACCGGGCCGCCGCCGCCACUCUCGCACCGCUGCUCGCGCAGCACGCGACCGUGACCGGCCCCGCCGCCAGCGCCAACGCCGCCUCGUCGACCAACGCCGCCAGGGCGGCGACACCGUCACCCAGGGCCAGCUUCAGCCAGGCCAAUCCGGUCCGGAACGACGACGAACGGGAACUACAGUCCGCCGCGUCCGUCCCAAUGGACGACGACCGAGAGUCCGACGCCAGUAAUCCGGGAUCGCCACAGUCCUGGGACCGACCGAACCGAGUGAUCAACCGAGUUGUUCGCUGCUCCAUCUGCGUCAUCAUCUGACACGGGCGUCACGCCCGUUGAGACUGUUUAAACAUAAUUAUGUACAUAAAUGUUUGUUGCCGCGGCUUGCCAUACACGUCACGUCUACAGCUCAAGUCAUUUCACUUCCCCAGGGGGUACACCACCCACAUAUACAUAUGUAUGUUACGUGAAGGCACAGUAGGGAGACCGUUUAGAGGGAAUAUUUGCAAGGGUAGUAAGCACUGGCGUACAUGGAAGCCAGCCAGCAUCAAGCAAGGCACUUCGUCGUCAUCAGAUCAGCAGAGGCCUCUUAUGGGA